GGGCGAGGUGCUCAAUGUCAUGCACGAGAAUGGAAGGUCAUGACGACGUUGUCGCUGACAGAUCCGAGAUGCGUUGACUAGCUUGCGUUGACUAGCCUGCGUUGAGUCGUUGACUAGUAAAAAAGUAUGGAAGGCAUUGACUUCUGAGACAGAACGGGAGCUGCGAAGAGGAAACUGGAGGUGUAUUGAAUUAGUCUAUAAUAGUGCGAGAGAAUGGGAAGACGAGGGAGGUGCAUUGUCUAGUAAGAAGAGAACGGGAUUGGUACGGUACAAGGAGGGCGAAGUGUUGAGUGGGGUGAGGGAGGUGACAGCUGGUGAAUGCGAUGACGAGAGGAUGACCCUGAGGCGCGGAAGAGGCGAAGGUAGAAAUCAGAUAUAGACAAGGAAUGGAGGACAAGGAAGGCAACAGAAAGUGAACGCUUGGCGUGAGGGAAUACGAGGAGCAACCGAUAAGAGGUCCACGUGGGAAAACCCGAUAACAGUUUCGUCUCAGCGAGGGAAACCAAAAGAGCGUUCAUUCGUGAUAUUAUGCCUUCAUUGCGUCUUCUGUGAGGAUGGACGUUCGAGGCUUGGGCCGACGAUGUGACCAAGUUGCACAGGGACGGUGACGCUCGGCGAGUUGAGGUCGCGGCCAACAACGAGAGACCAAACAAGUGGCACACAGACGGUGCGGCUGCCGGAGCAAUUUGUAGAAGUGACGUCAACGGAAGCGUGAAGAGAGACAAUAGAAGCGUGAGCGCUGUCCUUUUUCUCGGUUUUGUAACGUUUUUUACUUUCCUUUCUCGGUUUUUAAACGUUUUUUGGGCUGAGCUGCUUGAUACUUUGCCAUCCGAGUGAUGUCAACCUGGCUGGCAGUACUGUGUGAUAGUGUGUGUUCGACAUCUCGUGUAGUUAUAGACUUGUAAUCCGUGUGUUGAUUUCGAUCAUUUCGUUGUUAGACAGUGCUGCUCUAUGUAGUUAGUGAUAGGGGAAACCCAAGGGAGGUGUGUGGCUAUGAUGCUAGGCUAAGCCUGUUUGACAAAAAAACGUGGAUGCCUGUGGGGAAUUGGCGGUAUAAAGGUUUUCUUUUUUUCCGUCUUUUUUGGGGGGGAAUCAGUGUUUUCUGGACUUUGACGGAGAGGUGGCUGAUUUGAUUGACGGCCUGCGUGUGGUAUGAAGGAAAAUUGGACGUAGGUCGAGGACAGAAAACAGUGAAACUGAGUAGGCGAGACAGGAAAUGGGGGCAGAGCAGGACAAGAUGGCGCGUGAGGAAGAUUUGGUCGGCUCUGAGCAACAACAGCUCAUACCAGAGAUGAAGGAUAUGGCGACAUCAGGAAGGGAUGAGGAGGCGUCGUCAAUACCGAGAACAAGGGAGGUGCCAAUAACGACAACGAGAGGAGGGGGCAAGGACGAGGAGGAGGAGGAGGAGGAGGAAAUACUUGACGCUCAGGAAGAGGAGAGGAGAAGGGGAAUUCCCAUCUCCACUGUGACUAAGGUUCCGAGCAGAGAAGAAGGAACAGCAGGUGGUGGUGGAGCCAAGGGAGGAGGAGGUGGCCGUGCCACCUCUCCCAAUCCCUAUCCGACUUAUCAGUCCUUAGGGGCUUCUCCGCAGACGCCUGAGGCGAGCGAAAUGCGCGGGCUGAAGCCUGGCUUUGCGGCACCGGAGCCAGCGGACGAGCCCUUCGACGUUAUGCCAUCUGUCAAGCUGAGGAUCGAGAAAGCGAAGGAGUACGUGCAGGAGGCAUCUCAAACGGCGACGGAGAAGUUGGUCAGCGGAUUGGCGUCGGUUAAGGAUGUGUCUGCCAAAGCGAUUGGUGGAAUAAAAGAGAAGGCCAUGGGUACAGGAGAGGUGGUGAAGGAGAAGGUGGUGGAGGGCGCGAGCGGGACAAAAGAGACCCUGGGACACUUGAAGGACCGCACGGUAGAGGAAGCGGAAGAGAUUGCCGAAGCGGCCAAGGAUAAGGCCCUUCAUGUCAAAGAGGCAUUGGCUGAGAAGCUCGCCUCCACCCGUAGCAGCAGCAGCAGCAGCGCCAGGGGUCAGAUGGAGGAAGAGAGAGUCUCUCCUCAUCGCAAGGUCGUGACAGGUCCUCCUCCGGGGUUUGCCGCCCCCCCAAAGGCCGAAGGGGAAGGCCCAACCAUCGGGGAGGCGCUGCAGAAAGUGACCGAUCGCCUCAUGAAAAAGAUUGUGACCGAGGCUGUGAAGAAGACAGUUUCGGCAGCGAAAGACGCAACGGCUGAGGGCGUGGAGGCGGUGAAGGAACGGUCUGGUGACUCUGCGGAGAAUCUGGAGGCAGUGAAACUCAAGGCGGGAGAGGCCAAGGAGACGUUGAAAUGUAAGGGAGAAGAGGCGAAAGAGGCGUUGAAAUCGAAAAGUGAGGAGGCGAAGGAGAAGGCAGCGGAGAUGGCUGGAAAGCUGAAAGAGGCCACGGCGGAGAAGGCAGCGGAGAUGGCUGGAAAGCUGGAAGAGGGGGCGAAGUCCAAAACAGUAAAGUUGGGUGAGAAGAUCGAGGAGUUGGGAGAAACGAUACAAGAGAAGGUGGAGGGGUCUAAUCAGGAACAUGCAGAGGGUACGCACCAGGGGUCUCAAGAAGAAGAAGAAGAAGAAGGAGAUGGGUCGGAAGUGGAAUCACAUCCAAGGACAGAGAUUGGCAAGCCCGCGGCAGGGAGGGACGAAGAGGAGGAACGGGAGGAGGAACAACGGGAGAAGGAGGUACUCCAAGACGUGCCAGCUGUAGACAUCGGUCACUCUGCUGCGGAAACGGAGAUGGCGACAAGAGUUGAAAAGGACCCGGUUCCAACAUAGAGUUGGCCAUUCCCGAUGGUCGGGACGUGAAGUUUGACCAGGAGAUGCCGGUCCCAACGUAUGGAUGGUAAGUCUGGACGGUCGCGACAUGAAGUUUGACCCGAAGUGGACAGGCGGAAGGUGUGGCGGAGUUUUCGGCACCUCCCUGGUCCCGACGACGUAAGUUUGACCAGGAUCCCGACUGCAUUUGAUUAGCAAUCUGCAUUUGAUUAGCAAUCAAGUUUGAGGAGGAGCGGAAGGAUGGAAGGUUUCGGGUCCGGACGAAGUAGGUUUGAAUAUCCCGGCCGUUGACUGCCUUUGAUUAGCCAUAGUGGUAUUAACGGGAGACGACUUAGUUUUGACCAUCCCGACCGGCGACCGCAUUUGUGAUUAGCGAUGCUGGUAUGAUGACGGGGAGCAACUAGAAGUGAGGAAUCUGAGGAUUCGUACGGGAGGGGAGUGGGAGCUUUCAAGGUGCGACCCAGUGGAGGUCAAGGACUUAGCGCCCAGCUGCCUGCUUAGUGGUUAAGAGUCGUAAGAAUGGGCCUCGCUCCACUACCCCACCAAAUGUGCAAAAUGGGAAUGAAUACACGACCAUAUUUUUUUCGUUGGUGCGUGUGUUGUGAGUACUCUUUAAGUAGGGGAGCGAGGCGCACUGUCAUACGGAGGAGCUGCAGUGGACAAUCAAGGACUCGAUGGAGUGACAGUGGUCUGGAGAUACACGUGGCCAUCGUCAGUCAACGAGAAAGCCCGUCAGCGUAGACAGGCAUGGAUGAGUCCGCGAGGGUUUAGGUAGCAUUUUGGGCGUUUUUUUUCGGCUGACUGUGGGUUCGAAUUUGACCAGGAACAUGCAUGGAAGGCAAGUGUGAGUACGAUGGAGUGACAGUGGUGCAGAGAUAUACGCGGCCAUCGUCAGUCGAAGAGAAAGCUCAUCAGCGUAGACAGGCAUGGAUGAUGGAUGGAGUCCGCGAGAAUGAGGGCGCAGGUAGCAUUUUGGGCUUUUUUUCAGCUGAAUGGAUCUAUAAUUGACCACAAACAUGCAAGGAUGGCAAGUGUUGAGUAUGACGCCACAAACUAGGCGCAGUCUCCUACGCUUUUGGACUUAGUAGUGGUGCGAGUGGAGGUCUGUCAAGUUGAUGUCUUUGACGAGGGUAUAUAGGAUAAUUGGACCUACAUCGAUAACGCGAGCCGAGCUUUGACGAGGGUAUAUAGGAUUGGACCCACAUCGAUAACGCGAGCCGAGCUUUGACGAGGGUAUAUAGGGCCCACAUCAGUAACGCGUGCCGAGCUCAGUGGUCUCAGUGGUAUUUCACCUGAACUGUUGACAACUUGACAUACAGACCCCGGUUGAAAUCCAGAUGAUGCUACAUGAUGAGGAAAACCAAAUAUUUCUUCAUUGCCUUGGGCCGCUCAGGACCGCUCAGGUCAACGAUGCUACUUCUUGUUUUUUUUUUCUUAAUUCUUUUUGUAGAAAAUAAGCUAUAUUCUCGUCUCAGCUAUAUUCUUUUUGUAGACCCCGGUUCAAAUCCAGAUGAUCGAAGCCAGCGGCUUCAAAUCCAGUGAUCCUGACGAGGAAAACCAAAAAGAGGAGCAGCAGCGGCUAUGCAGCGGGUAUGCAGCGAUCUGAAACUUGCCUGAGUAGGAAAGUGUACGGCGCGCAGCAGCAGGUGCUUGGUAAGGUUCUCAACUGAAUAGGGAAAGUGUACGGUAUCGUAGCCUUAAUAGAAAGUGAAGGGUACUUGUCCUAUUCUCUGCAGACUGCAGUUAACGCUGCCCAUGCCCAAGCAUGUGAAUAUGUUAGUCGAGGAUAGAAAAGGGGCCACGGGUUCCAUGUCUAAGCGUGUUGAAUUUGUUCGUCUAAGAUUAGAAAUGUGAAGGCCCUGAAGGGGUCUCGAGGGAGUGUGAUUGCCUGUUCUCUCCUUUUCUUCCUUUUUUUUCUUUUUGGUUUUUUUGUUGCCUGUUCUCUCCGCGUUUACGUUGUUUCUCCUGAAGCGUCUGGAAAGGCUGACGAUGCCUAUUAGGAUGGUACUACGUAGUAGUAGGGAGCUCCUAAGAACCUGUGAAAUCGUAGUUUGUGGUGUAUAAAUCAAUAUUAACCAUUUGG